AUGGGGGAGCUAUAUGGGAGCAAGCAGAAUGUCCUAUACAACAGCAAAACUGUUAGUAACUACACUGCAAAACUAGGGAACUAUGACAGGAUUAAAGAUAUCCCAGACCUGCUAGAGUACUUUGAAGAAAUCAAGAAAAAUGAUCCCAGAUUUUUCUACAGGUUCAAGCUAGAUGCAGAAAAUAAAGUGGAGAACCUGUUCUGGGUGGAUAGCAAAGCAAGAGAUGUCUACCCCCUGUACAAUGAUUGUAUUUCUUUUGAUACAACAUUCAUGACAAACCAGUACAGCAUGCCAUGUGCUCCUUUCAUUGGAAUAAAUAGAUAUGGUCAAUCAAUCCAGCUUGGUUGUGGUUUUGUGAGGAAUGAAUCUUCUGUGAAUUUUGUGUGGUUGUUUGAGCGGUUUUAG